AUGAAAACUACUCUUGCAGACCCGCCAUAUCGCUGUUUGCUUUUGGAAGGAAUUCAUCCAAUAGCGAAGGAACUAUUGGAAUCCCAGGGAAUUAUUGUUGAAUCUUAUGAAAAAGCUCUUCCUGAAGAGGAACUCUUAAAAAAAAUAAAAGAUGUUCAUUUUCUCGGUAUUCGAAGUAAGACUACUCUUACUAAGAAAAUAUUUGAUGGGGCUCCUCAGCUUCUUGCUGUUGGAUGUUUUUGUAUUGGAACUAAUCAAGUGGAUUUGGAUUACGCAAAUGAGCGUGGAGUUCCAGUUUUUAACUCUCCUUUUGCGAAUACUCGAAGUGUAGCUGAAUUGGUUAUGGGUGAAAUUAUAUGUCUUGCAAGGAAAGUUUUUCUGAGAAGUACUGAAGUUCAUCAAGGACUUUGGAAUAAAACAAAUAAAGGUUGUUUUGAAAUUCGUGAUAAAACUAUUGGCAUUAUCGGUUAUGGACAUAUCGGAUCACAAGUUGGAGUUAUGGCUGAAGCUUUGGGAAUGCGAGCUGUAUUUUAUGAUGUGGUACCUAAACUUCAGUUGGGUAAUGCUAAACGAAUGAAUAAUAUGGUCGAUGUUCUUGCUGUGUCUGAUUUUGUGACAGUUCACGUACCAGAAACUGAAUCAACGAAAGGAAUGUUUGGUGAAGAAGAAUUCAAAAAAAUGAAAGAAGGAUCAUAUUUUCUGAAUUUAAGCAGAGGAACUGUUGUAAAUUUAGAUGCUUUAUCAAAGUUCUUACAUGCAGGUCAUCUAGCUGGUGCAGCAAUUGAUGUUUACCCUGAUGAACCUGAGGCUGCCGGAGAUAUUUUUAAAACACCUUUACAAGGAAUUCCAAAUGUUAUUCUUACUCCACAUAUUGGUGGAUCAACGGUAGAAGCUCAAAAUGCGAUCGCAACUGAAGUUGCUAAUGCCUUUAUAAGCUUUGUAACUUGUGGAUCUACUACAGGAGCUGUAAACUUCCCAGAACUAACACCUCCUUUACCUACAAAGGAUACUCAUCGUAUUACAAAUGUCCAUUUUAAUGAACCUGGUGUAUUAAGUCUUAUCAACAGAAUUGUACUCGAAUUGAAUUGUAACAUUGGAAUGCAGUAUGUUUCUACCAAAGGUCGUGUCGGAUAUCUUGUUAUGGACAUGGAUAUGCAAAGAGACGUUUCUUUGGAAUUAAGAAAACGUAUAUCUGAAUUGGAUCGCAGUAUACGAACUCUUAUUAUAUUUCAAAGGAACUAA